AUGAUGACCUACGAUGUGUUGAACUUCUUUCCACGACUGUACUCUAUAAGGGAUGCAAUAUUCGAGCAGUAUUACAUCGAAGUCGCAUCCAAUCGAUGGCUCAGGAAAGCUGGAGAGCUGCUCAACGUCCACAGUACCUACGAGACUAUUUUCGAGGCUUCUCGUGUCUCCUUAACCGACUUCCCUGCGCGCUACGGUUACGUCUGUUCGACGGGGACUGACUUGAUUCACGUUGGCGAAUACUGUCAAGAAUCUAACGAGCUUCCAUCGGGCUUGAGAAGUUUUGUGGAGGAUUCCAAAUCAAAAGGAACGAUAUACAUUGCGUUUGGCUCAAUUGUCAACUGGAAUGCGGCCAAAGCAGAGAUUAUAUCCACGUUCUUCGAUGUGCUGAACUUAUUCACUGACUACAGAAUUAUAUUCAGCUACGCAGGACCAGAGGUUUGUUAUGCUGUGAAAGAUGUGAAGCCGCAUGUGAUGAUCCUUCGAUGGGCACCGCAAAAUGACAUCCUCGCCCACAACAAAACGAUGCUUAUUCUGUCACUCAUGGCGAUUAAAAGUGAAUUUUGUCGGCUUUGCAUUCCUAUUAAAGAAGGUAUUUGCUCGAGCACACCAAUGCUUUUUCUGCCUUUCUUCGCAGAUCAACCGCGAAACGCACUUUUCGCUCGGCAUCUUGGCAUUGCUGAAGUGAUCUACAAAAAGAACAUUACGAGAGACGAGCUGCGUUCGAAGAUAACUCAAGUGCUUACGAACACCACGUUUGCAACGCAAGUUCGGAAGCUCAAUCAGCAAUUCCUUGACCAUGUGAUCGACCCGCUUGACUUCGGAUCUCGAUGGAUAAAUCGUCUUGAAAAAAUCACCGAUGAACAGUCCAUGUACUAUAAAAACCGAGGACGACUACUCUCAUGGAUCUCAUAUCUGUACAUUGAUUUUCUCGCUGUUACUUUGAUUGUUAGUGUUUUGGUAUAA